GGAUGUUGUUUUUUCUAGUCUUGGAGUCCUACUUGGGAGGAAUUUUGUCGCACGAUUCUCCUAUCAAGUUUCUAUCUGCUCCCGCCUCCCUCUAGUUGUCGCUGCUACUCAAGCCUUUCUCCUCUUCUUCCUCAAUCCCUAUCCCUAUUUGCCUUUCUCGACACUAUCUUACAGUUUUGAAUCGUCGCCGGUUUCUGUCCGCCGACGAGAGUGUACAGGAAUAAUCGCGGCAUCCUCUGCCUGCCCUCGCUUCCGGAGGUUUAGAGGUGGUGGUAGUGGUGGUGGUUUGAGGGCGGCAGUUUUUUUAUUAGCGUGCCCGAGGAGCAACUAUGGCGGACAGCAAGAGCUACCCUAGCGACGUCAUGGAGGGCGGCGGCGACGGGGGAAGCUCGUUGCGUUCGGAGCAGUCAAGAAUGCGAGGUUGGAUAUUUAUGAAGGGAGUGGGACUUUAGGCACGUCGAAGCUGGUUUCUGGAUCUGUUGAGUCAGAUUCUAAAGAUUCUGGGAAUUCGGAAAACAUAAUUCCACUAACACCACAGUGGCUGUUAUCGAAACCUGGAGAGAGUAAACCAGCAGCUUCAUCCGGGGAUCCUCCCCGCGGUACUGGAAUUUCUACUCCAGGUAAUGGAAUGAACGAUGCUUCGGGCAAAGAUCGGUGGCGCAAUCUAGAAGGAGGUCCUCAGGACCCGAAGAGAGGUAGAGACUGGUGGCGCACAAUAUCUUUGGAGCGCGAUACGGAUGGCAGCCGGAGAGAGCGAUGGAGGGAGGAAGAGAGAGAAAGCAGUAUUAAUUUGGCUCCUCGUCGAGAUCGAUGGAAAGAAGGAGAAAGGGAUACGGUUGGGGACCAAGCCCCUCAGAUGCAAAACCGCCGAGCCGUGAAUGAGAGAUGGUCAGACAUGAAUGCGGUUAGCGGGAGGGAGUCCGGGGAACCACUGAGGCGAGUUCCUUCAGAUCGGUGGGCAGAUACACCGAACCGGGAUUCCAAUUUAGAUAGCCGUCGCGAUAGCAAAUGGAGCAAUCGGUGGGGUCCGGAUGAGAAGGAUAGAGAAUUUCGUGGUAAAUGGGGUGGGGACGGGGUGGACAAGGAGAUGAGCAAAGAAGGGGUCGAUGGCGGUGGAUACUCUCAGCGUCACGCCACAAAUACUCACAACGUGAUGAGAGAUGCCGACCGAGAAAGUGGGCGGGAUAGAGAGAGGGAAAGAGAUCGGGAGAGGGAGAGGGAACCAGAUAUGGCUCGUCACGAUCGAGCUUGGCGUCCUUCAUUUGCUAUGCGAGGAAGAGGUGAAACUCCUCACCUGAGUAGCACCCCUCCCAAGAUGGCUCCCGGAUUUAUGACUGGCAGAGGCAGGGGUGAACCGUUCGGCGUGGGUUUCACAGUGGGGCGUGGUCGUGGUAAUCUGCAAUCAGGGCUUCUUCAUGGUCCUCCAUUUAGCCCGAUCGGUUCUCCAUUUCUUGUAGAUAAAUGGGAUGUCGGGAAAGAGAACGUUUUCCGAUAUCCCCGUGUGAAGCUGUUGGACAUUCAUCGCAAGUGCGGCAUAUCGUCUUUUCAAAGAUAUCCCAAUGGCUUCACUGAAGUGCCGCAGUUAACUCAGAGCGAUCCCUUGGAGCCUAUGGCUUUUUUCCAACCCGACGCGGAGGAAGAGGUUGUUCUGGAGGGCAUACGCAAGGGGGAGAUAGUGAGCAGCGGUGUCGUGCACAAUUCGGCUCCAAAGGAGGCUUCUAUGAAUAGAGGGAUGAGGCAGGACUCUCUUGGUCGGGGCCGGGGUCGGGGUCGGGGGAUGGGAAGAGGUACAGGGGGUAAAGAAGACUCCGGGUUCGAUGGUCAUAGAGAUGACGACUUCUUUGACCAACCUGGAUUCGGAAUCACGCGAGGCGGGGACCGCGGCGCUAUAGACAAAUUCGCUGAGGCACGAUUUGCAGAUGCAGAGGAGCUUGGGGAAUCGCGUGCACGUGCUGAGAGCGGUGCUGUUAAUGAAGGUCCUCUUGUGAAAGAGGAGAAUACAUGGAGGCGUGGAAAUACAGGCGAGGAAGGAGGUUCCGUGCGAGAUGAUGGAAGUUGGAGGCGUGAUGGUGGUGCUCGUAGUGAUGGUACCUGGCGGAAGUCGAAAGCAGGUGACGAAGACCUAGGGGCGACCAAGGACAAUAAGAUGGAAAGGCAAGAGCGGACGUACGAGAGGGAGGAACAUAGCAGCUGGCGACGGAAUGAGCAGGAUUAUUCGGAGUUGGAACGUGACGUGUCAGCGAAGGAAUCUGUACAUGAAAAUGCAGCCAAAAGAAGCGAUCAAGAAGGCGACUCGGUGAUGAAAGACGCGACGUCUCUUGGUCCAAAACUUGGAGGAUAUGAGGAGCAAAGCUCUGGCCGCGAAGUUCAUGUGCCCAAGGAGAGCUAUGUGACCAGGCCUACAGAAGCGGGAUUUAACCCAGAGACUUCCAUUCAUCAAGUAGCCCCCGAAGAGCUUUGCCUACUUUACACGGAUCCUCAGGGAGAAGUACAAGGACCAUUUUAUGGUGUGGACAUCAUUGGGUGGUUCGAGGCUGGUUUUUUCGGGCUAGACUUGCCUGUACGUCUGAUGGAUGCUCCAGAAGGUACUCCAUUUACUGCACUGGAAAAUAUAAUGCCACACUUGCAGUCGGCAGUGAAAGUACCACCUGGUUUCACCAGCGCAUCAAAACAGUCAGAUGAAAGUGUCGAGUCGACUCAUCUGAAAGAUGAAGAAUAUUUAUCAAGCAUUAGCUACCGACAACAGGAAUCUUUAGGGACCAAGAACGAAAUGGAACAUAGAGGAAUUUUCGACCCAUCUUUGGACAUGGAGCUCUUGGGUUUGACUGGUGGUUCGAAGAGCAUGCUUCGUAAUGAGUUCCAGCUCAGGAUGAGCGACAGAACAGCAAGCAGCAAACCUGAAAUGCCAGCGGAUAGGCAUUAUGGAAAAGGUGACAAGGAGUUCGGAGCAAAAGCCGAGGAGGCAAGCGACCAAUCGUAUUCCACGCUGAAGCGGAUGUCAGCAUUCCCUCGAGCGGACACAGGCAUGUCGGAAUCUGGGAAUAUGGGAUUGCCCACUCUGUUUCCUCAAAAUGAGGGAUCCAACUCGUUGUCAGGUCAACCAUUGUUUUCUGCACCCAUGUUGCAGAGCGGACACAGUCAUCUGGGGCAGCUUGAUCAUCCAUGGACAGACACACUAUUGCGAAAUUUGUCACUGGACGUACCAUAUCCUAACGUGGGGCUUCCUCCCUCUGGAAGUGGUAUAGAUCCUACACACCUGGCUCAGCAACUGGAGCAACUGGAGAUCCAGCACUUGCAGAGAAUGGGUUCGUCAGGUUCAGCAUUACAGAGGCAGUUGUCUGGUGUACCCCCUUCGCCACACUCUUCACGCAUCAAUGUGGAGCAGCUGAUGCGGCCCGGGGGUCUCCCUUCUCGCGAUCACCAAGUACUGAACCCUUUGCUUUCUCAGAUGCCUCCUCAGCCACAUCAGGCACCUGUCCCAAUUCCACCGUCGGGUCCUGUGCUGGAGCAGCUUUUACGCAUGCAGCAGCAGCAACAGCAACAGCAACAGCUGCCAACGCAGGUGCUGAUUGAGCAGUUACUGCGGAACCAGUCUAUGCCCCCACCUACACACUUUAACCACAUGCAUCGUCAGAGCUCAGGACUUGCAGAUCAGCUUGUUCUUGGUCGGCAGCCCCAGGACCCACGAUUGCAUGAUACAUCUGGUCAGCACUUGUCAAGCAGGGAGUUUGAACAGCUUCUUUUGGCCCGACAAAACCAUUCGAGCAGUCCAUCGUUCGAGCAGCUGAUACGCCAGCGGCUGCAGGAGGAGCAGCAGCAACAGUUGCUGCAAUUUGGAUUGCCGGUGCCCCAACCGCAUCAAACUUUGGAAGACAUGCGAGUUUCUGGUGUGUGGGAAGUGGACGAGUUUGGACAGUUCGUGAAGCGUUCGCAAUUGCCCGCUCCAAUGCGAUCAUUCGAUGCCUUCCAGCAUCAACAGCAGCAACACCAAAGGCUGCCGAGUCAGCCGAAUUUUUCAGGGUCAAUGCAGCAAGAGUCUCAAGUUAUGUUUAGAUUUGACCGGUCGUCACUUCUGGAUUCUGGGAUUAUUGAUUCUCGUGUGCCGAUGAACAUGUACGACCCAAAUUUGAUACGCAGAGAGCGCAGUAUGUCAGGCAUGGAAGGCGAGAUGGUAAAUCAAGUUCAGGAACAGCAGCAGUCUACUAGAGCGGAGUCUCGAGAUUUUGUAGGUUAUGGUGAGCUUUCGGAUCUGGAACGUUUCCGACGGGACGCAUUAGACCUACAACAGGUUCAAGAGAGGCAGCAGCAAGUGGAAGCUGCAGCUGCGGCUCGAGCACUGGGAUUGGAGGGAUUGGAGAGUCGGCCGAAGUGCGGGGAAACGAAAACGACUGGUCAACUGGAUGCUCCAGCAAAGAGUGACGUCUUGCCUGGUUUAAGAUGGCCAGUCAUCAGCAACGAGGGUGCUCAGAAGCAGGAGGUGGUGCACGAAAGGAGUAUGUUUGCCCCGUCUCUGGGAUUAUGGGGUCAGGAGAGCCAGGAUUAUGCCAGCACAGAGCUACAAUUACAUGGCGGUUCUCUCAGCGGGACGUUGAUGUCGGAGCAUGUCCCCAUCGCGACUACACCGAGUGGAGCAGAAACCUCGGGAUCAUCUGCUACCGGCACUUCAUCUCAGGCUUCACACCUGCUGGGGAAUUGGAGUUUGUCGAACCUGCAUUCGACCGAGCUACCAGCGAACGUACAAUCAAUGGAGAGUAAAAGUCGGGCUGGAUCAGCGGCAGCGUUGAUUCAGCCUGGGUGGAAAGCUGCCACGGCCCCGAAAGUGAAGUCUCUUGCGGAGAUCCAGGAAGAGGAAGCCGCAAGCAGGAAGGCUGUAGAGCAGGCGACAAUAGAGUCGGCAGGGCAGUCUCCGUCUAGUGCAGGUACCGGAUUGGGGCCAUGGGCCGGACCGUCGGUUCCCCAACCUAAGUCCUUGCGAGAUGUUCAGGAGGAGGAGGCCCAAAAGGCUGCCGCUGUUCUGGAGGCAUCUCAGAAGGCUGGAAAUGCUCAAUUGAAUGUUGCAACAUCUGCUCAAAAGGUUCCUGUUGGCCGAGUAGUGGAUCCCCCAGCAUGGGGAGCGGUGUCUGCUAACACCGAGAAGGUUAGCUCGUCGUUCGAAGGAGGCGAUGAAAAUAUCGUUGUCCAGGUUAGCAGGAAAGGCAGCGGAGUGGAGGCUAGCAUUGUGAAGGAGGUGUCAGUGAGUCAAUCUAGUCAAGCAUCGACGCAAAGUACUGUUGGGCUUGAUGACAGUGACUUUAUUGAACCCAAGGAAUCGAAGAAGAGCAAGAAGCGGGCAGCCAAGUCAAAUCGCACGACUCCUGUAAAGCCGGCGGGUGGUGCAACAACAAGCGAUGUAUUGCAGGUGCCGUCUCCACUGACAUCCAGCAAGAGCACAGUUUCGCGGUCGGCUCAGGUGGAGUCAGCGGAAGAGUCGUUUCCAGCCCCACCUCCAGGGCCGUCGCUAGCGGAUUUCCUGAACCUGGGAAGCGAACCCGCGGUCAGUUCGCAGCCUCUUCCGGCGUGGUCAUCAACCCCGGCUCAGCAAGCGAAAUUAGGAAAAAUUUUGUCUCUGAAGGAAAUUCAAGAGGCGGAGAAGAAAGCUCGCGAGGAGCAGGAGAGACAGAACCAGAUGCUUCAAGCAACACUGGUUCAGAAGAACACACCCCCUCCAUCAGCGAAACCCGUCACUUUAAUGACGAGAACCGUAAGUGGGGGUGCUGCAUGGCAGCGCCCUGGAGUGACGAACUCAUCAGCGCUUGCGGUGGCGAGUGGGCAACCGACGAAGAUUCCGGCAAGCAGUGGCAGUGGCAGUUCUUGGUCGAAGGUGGGUGUGUUCGAAGAUGAUGAUCUGUUCUGGGAUUACGGCCAGGAUGCGAAGAUCAGCAUGGGAGCUGUGAAACAGAUCGCAAAAUCUGAGCCAUUGGAUUUUCCGUCGCUUUUGCAUGGACCUGGACAAGGACAGGCAAACAAAGGCGUAGUCUCGAAACCCGCAGCAACCGUAGCAGCGGCUUCAGUGCUCCGUCAGGUGGCAGCCCCGGUGGCAGUGACGAGAGCAAGUCCGACAGAGUUUCCAUCUUUGAGUGCGACGACAGUAUCCGUGAAAGUUGCUGCAACGAAAGGGAAGAAGCAAGCAAGUAAUAAAGCGAGUGCUGAAGUGAAGGCAUUACCGUCCGAUGUUAACGUGUCUUCCAGCGACCGCGAAGACGCAGCUGUCUUUUAUGGUUCAAAUGGGAAGAAAAUGGAUAGGAGCAAAUCCGGGACGGUAGAUAUGGCCCGCUUACUGAAGGAAGACAUGGGCUCAGGGGAGUCCGAGAGCACCGCAAGUCUAGGGAGUGGAAAAAAGAAGAACAAGAAAGGGAAGAAGAUAGUGGAUCCAUCGUUGCUGGGGUUCAGCGUGACGAGCAACCGCAUCAUGAUGGGGGAGAUUCAUCACAUCGAUGACUAGGUCGUGUCCUUGCCGGAGUACGUUUUUACGUGUGGAACGGAGACGUAGGGUGUUUAGAGCGAUGAAGUUUUUCCCGCACUAAGAGCGGAGAGAGGGAACAGGAGCGAAAUUUUAUGUAAAAGUAGUAGGAAGCGGAAAUUUUUCACGGUUGCGAAGAUCCGAUUUGGGUAGGUUUCAGUGGUUCAAAGCAAGGAGAGAGAAGGGUGGGUGAAUAAGCCAAUGACAAGUUUAUUUGGGUAGAAACAUGAUGUGUCGAUGGCAUUGUGUGUGGACGUGGAGAAGGUGAGUAGGUGUUUUUCCCAGCCCGUGGUGUUGAAUGGUCUUCAGAGUAGGCUGGUUGGAUAUGGAAGGUUUAGAAUGAGCAGAUAGACAGCCAAGUAUUGAGUGUUCUGUAGCUUCUGGGGGCUCCGGACUUGUAUCAUAUGUGAAUCGAAGAGGAAGCUGGAUAUGAGAAGUGAAGGGUGUAAACUUUAAGGUGCUUGUUGGAAUCCCGUGUAGCGGAUUUGGGAAGUCUAUUUGACGUUUGUGCGAGAAGCAUUUAAUAAAUUUGUUCAAGAGUUUUUGUUCACCAA